AUGAGGUGGAUGCUGUCUCAGUCCCUGCUCGUGCUGGCAGGACUUGCGAAAGAGCUGGACCGCUUCAACCCGGAGACGGUCUGCUGCAACAUCGAGAGCGUUGACGGCUUGCUGUACUGUGCGAAUGCUUCUGCGACAGCACCCGCCAAGAGUCACAUCCACGUGACGAGUUUGGCCACUCGGGAGAUUCAUGGUUACGCCGUGUUCUCAGCAGCAAUCAAUGCGGCGCAUGCAAAAACGUUUGGCAACAGCUUCCAGCUGGCUACAAGCAGCUUCGGAUUGGGAUCUGAUUUGAAGCUGCUUUGGAGGGCUGGAAACGUCGCCACGAUAUUGGAAGCACUGAAGGUUGCUCCUGGGGCCAGCUGGAUUGCGUACCUCGAUGCCGAUGCAGUUGUCGUGGACUUUAGCAAGGAUGCGCUGGCUGAUGUGGUGCGUGCACACUCGACGAAGGAAACACACUUGAUGGUGAGUCGUGGAGAGCUCAUCGGACCAGGGACAUCAAGCAUGUUCAACUCGGGCUUCUUGCUGGUCAGACAGCAUCCGUGGGCCCACGACUUCGUCCAACUCUGGCUGUCACAACUUUCUUCGUCCAAAGCCAACGACCAGGAAGUGUUGGAGCAGCUUUACCGGCAAGACGCCCUGUCCUGCCGGCGGCACGUGGCCAUUCUCCCCAUGGGCCUGGUCUACAGCGAGAUCGGGAACCCCAUCUCUGGGCCACCUGACCAGCAGCAUGUGGUCCACCUGGCAGGAAUCCCCGACCAGGUCCGGACCGGAGUCUUCUCGGCCUUCUGGAGAGAUCUUUGCGGAACCAACACCUCCAUGGCCCUGCCGGGCAGCCUCGGGCUUCGGCAAGCCUACCUCGAGGAGAUGGCAUCCUUUGUGAGCCAAGGAGAUGCCUCGGCAGAAAUGGUGUGUCUGUCGCCUGCAAGCGCACGACAAUGCUUGGAGGCUGCGGAGCGCUUGGCCUAUGGGCUUCAGCUGGAUGGACGACAGCAAGAAGCUGUCCACUGGGCUGCUGGGGCUCUGUCGGGACGCGAGCAGCACCUUGGCACCUUGGAUGAGGACACGCUGGCCAGCCGGAGCACCCUCGCCACAGUCAUGGAGGCUGGCGGCCGCAAGGAGGAGGCGCUGGCCUUCUCUAUGGCGGCCUGGGAGGGUCGCAAGGUCACCUAUGGCCCAAAGCACCGUGCCACGAUGCUGAGCACAGCUAGGCUCGGAUCGCAGCUGCUGGCGCACAACAGGCUGGAGGAGGCUACUGUGUUCCUCCGGGCAGCACAACAGGCAGACAUCUUGGGCCCACAGCACCCGAGCAGCAUCUCCGCAGCUGCUGCUCUGGCAUUGGCUUAUGCCAAGCAAAGCCGCUACACGGAAGCGCUUGCACUCUACCGGCAAACCGCCCAUUCUGCUGCUGAAGGCCUUGGCAAACAUCAUGCCACGACCUUGGAGUUGCGGCUUGGGGUGGCGGACACUCUUCGACAGCUUGGUCAGAAUGACGAAGCGGCCGCCACAAGUGCACGCCUUCUGAGGGCACAUCGCAGGGCGCUGAAGACUAAAGCCUUACGCAGCGACCAGCUGCGCCUGGCGCGUGCCAUUGAGCUGGUUCUGGGCGGCCGCGUUGAGACGCUUCCGAAGCGUCUGAAGCUCAUAGAGGAGGCAGCCGAGGUCUAUGCCAAGCUCGACAUGAAAUCCUCUCGUGUCUCGAUCCUGCGUUCCGGUGCUGACAUGCUACAGGCAGAUGCGCGCAGCUCGGAGGCUGAGAGCUGGUUCCGACGAGCCCUGGCGGUGGCUGAAGACACUGAGACUGAGAAGUCUGAGAAGGGCCUUGCCUCCGCAGUGGCAUCAACAGCCAACAAUCUGGCGAUGCUGCUUCGCAGUCGCGGAAAAGGCGCAGAGGCUGAGGGGCUGCUGCGGCGUGCUGCGCAAGGCUUUGCAAAGGACCAUCAAGCUGCAGAGCUGAGGGCAUUGGGCAAUCUUGCGGACACUCUGAGAGCCAAUGGUCGCCUCAGCGAAGCCUUCAAAAUCUCUAUGCGGGUGAUGCAGAGCCACGAGCUGUUGGACAGCGAAGACGAUGUGUUGACCGCUAAGAGCAAUCAUGCGCUCUUGCUCUAUGCCCUGGGGAAGCGCACCGAAUCUGCGGCGCUCUACAGCGAUGUGCUGCAACAAGCUGAGCGGGUGUUCGGCGCCAUGUCGAGACAGGCUGUCGCCGCGCGUGCGGACUUGGAAGAGCUUCGUCGCAGAGAGGCAGCAGAAAGCUCCGGUCGAGGUCGAGCAUCGACUCGGCCGGGUCAAACCAGAAGCGGAAGACGCAAUGCCGAAUUGUGA